UUGUUAUACGUUAUACUUACACCGACGUGGAACUAUAAAGAUCCUCCGAUACCAGGAAACGCCAAUUGCGAUGCCCGACGUGACUCAAAAUCGCGCGCCGCGCUCCGCUCGCGGGCCACGUGGUCGCCCGCACCACGUGACCGCUACGUGAUCGGCGCUGAUUGGCGUGGCAGCGAUCGGGGGAUCGCAUAUAGCCGCGGCGCGGGCAAAGUCGGUGUUUUCCACGGGCCGGUCUGGCAAGUAACCUUGAUCCUUUCGCGAGUCGCGUCAGCGUACAGCGUGACAGCCGUCGGUCGUUCCGGUGAACCGGUCAGUGCCGAUCGAGGAAUCGUCGAGGCAGCAAGCCAGAUCUCUUGGGCAGCUAUUUCGUCGAGGUGCCGACGUUCUCUGUGUUGUAACGACAGGAUGAAAACGCUCCACGUUCUUCUCGUUGCGGCGUGCCUCGUCGCGUGCGCACGCGGCUAUCCAAGUAUAGGAUAUGACUCUGAUGAGGAUGAUUUCGACGGCUACUUCGGCGGUUACUCUGUGCCUAACUUAUUUUCUGAUUAUUUCAACAGACUCAGGCAACGUAUCGCGGAUAUGUUCCUGGACCCGCACAGUAUGACGGACUUCAAGAUUCCCGAGGGAGCGAACACAACUUCCACGACCAAGAUUAUCAAUGGUCACGUAGUGACAAUCAACGAGACAACUUACACGAAAAACGACGCUCUGGGCGGCACUGCAUUCCGCGUUCGCAUAAUCGACAUAAAGCCGCAGAAUGGAACCGAUAAUUCGACCGUUGAAGUCAACGUACAGCAGUCAACGUUGCCGCCGUCAACGGUGAAGCCGGAGCCGAGCGAAAGCCGCGAAACUGUUGAGGACUUCAACAACGAGGUAUCGCCAAAUACAGAGACCCUGACCGCCUAAAGGACGAUCAGUUUACUCUCGGGACGUGUCGAAGAUCCAGCGACGUCCAGGUGGAUUUCGAGGGAGAGAAGAAACAAUCUUUAUUACGUGGCUGUAGUAGAGUAAUUUCGGUGCGAGUACGCAUCGCGUUAAAAUAAAACAUUACUGUAAUAUAUAUACAUAUAUAUACAUAUAUAAAGUUGUGUUUCUGUUGUUUCCUAUCGCUUCUCGAUACGGUAGUUUACGAUGUUUACCUCUGUCUAUCCGGGGAGAAAAAAGAGAUCGUUGUCGCUGAAAAGGAUAAACUGGAAUAUUUACAAAUACGGAUAAACGAGAGUUGAGAAGAGAGGGGGCUAAUUGGUUUCAAUUAAUUUCGAUAAUUUGUUUAAUUUUAAUUAAUUGAUUAAAAGCUUUUAAAUGAUUUCGAAUCCAAUUAAAAUUCUCAGUUGAACGUGGGAUUGAAAUAGAUGAGAUUUGAAGCUCAAUGCUCGUUUACGUUUUUCAGUUAAACAUUUUAUACUCUGAACAGUUGAAUUUUAUGAAAUACUCCUAAGAGACGUCGGAACUAGCGUUUGUUAUAGAAAUAAAAUGUUACUUUGUCGUUUCUUGUAUUUUUCAGAUUAAUUACUUAGACCCCUCUUUCUAAUAUAAAAUAUUCAUACGUAUCCUGUAUCACAGACAAAUCGAAAUGGCGUUGAAGAUAUUUUUAUAUAUUUUAUAAAUUAGUAGAAAUAAAACUGAUAUGUGAUAAUUAAACGCAUGGUUUUGUAAUCAAUAUGUAUUUUAUAUAUAUAAUUCUCGCAUAUCCGUUCAGGCUUACAUGAACGCCAAGCAAAAAAGGUGAAAGCACCGAUACUUGGAGCCACAUGCUCCAUUUAUCAUUUACGUAUCACGCCAGUGACAGUACUGGCUGACAGUCAUAUUUAAAUAUAUACAUGUAUAUAUGUGCAAAAGGCCGUUUUGUAAUAACUAAUUAUAUCUAUCGUCCGCCAAGCGGAAUAUUUGCGCCAGUUUGUCACGUUUCAUGCGACCAAAUACGAAUAUGAAGUUAAUUACAAAACUGCUGUAUCAUAUUAGCAUAUUACUUCGUAUGCUUAUGAAACGAGGCGAAGAAAUUUAUGUUGUAUGAAAAAGAUUGCACAAAGUUGAUAUUUAAUAAAACUAUAUUUCCUAUGCAUAUGUCCAGAUAUUCCUAUGCAUAUGUCCAGACAUUCCUUUUUUAACUUCCUUGACCUUGAUGAUAUCGUCAAUACUGAAAACUAAUAUCAUGUAAGAGACAUGUGCAAUUUAUGUGGUCAAAUGUCUGCGCAAAUAGAUGUCUGUAAAUGAUUCACAGAGGAAAAAAUUGACAGAAAGAUUCACUAUGGAACGUAACGAUUAAAAAAAAACUACAUUUUUUGUAUUGUUACUCUCUUGUAUUUUUACACAUAAGUACGUACACAGAUAUAUGUUCUUACAGAUUGUAUAAGUCGUGUUGUAAGCUGAACCGGAAAAAAGUUAAUACAAUAAAGUAAUGAUAAUGUAUUACGACACAUAGUGUAUCCUGUUUCAACAACUAUAGAUAAUUUUUAAUUUACAUAAGUAUACGAUUUAAAUAUUCCGACAUGAAUCUAAAUAUUUUGAUAAAUAACUAGAUGCAACUAUACAAAUAAAG